AUGUGCACAGACACCCAAAGGCUGCCGCUCAAGGCCCCAGCCGAAGUGGCUUGCUGCUCUGACCCUGCAGCAGCAGCAGCAGCAGCAGCAGCAGCAGAAGCAGCAGCAGCAGCAGCAGCAAAGGCAGCAGGAGGCGCUGCUUCAGAAGCAGCAGCAGCAGCGCGCGACACACCGACCGGGUGGAGUCUGCGCAGCAGCAGGGGAGCAGCUUGCUGCGCUGCUGCUGCGGCAGCAGGGAACACAGCAGCAGCAGCAGCAGCAGCAGCAGCAGCAGCAGCUCGCAGCAACAGCAGCAGCAGCAGCACCAACAUCAGCAGCAGCAGCAGCAGCAGCAGCAGCAGCAGCAGCAGCAGCAGCAGCAGCAGCAGCAGCAGCAGCAGCAGCAGCAGCAGCAGCAGCAGCAGCAGCAGCAGCAGCAGCAGCAGCAGCAGCAGCAGCAGCAGCAGCAUGUCCUCGGACAAUUAUGUUCGCAGCUUCUCGGGGGCCCUUCUAAAGGGCAAAGGCCUUUCCAUCUCCACCAGUCCCCACGGCUCCCUGGAGGGGCCCCUGGGGGCCCCCCAGGGGGCCCCCCAGGGGGCCCCCCAGGGGGCCCCCCAGGGGGCCCCCCAGGGGGCCCCCCAGGGGGCCCCCCAGGUACCCCCAAAGAGGCCCCCGGGGCCUCCACCCCCGAAAGCAGGGGAGGCCCUCGGGGCCCCCCGGGGGCCCCCGGGGGGAGCAGCAGCAGCAGCAGCAGCAGCAGCAGCAGUUUUAGGGCAAGAGGAAGCCCUUGUUGAGGCUGCGGAGGCCCCUACUAAGUCUGCUGCUGCUGCUGCUGCUGCUGCAGCAGCAGCAGAGGGGCCCAAGAGAACAGACACGAUGGGCAGCAGCAGCGGCACCCGUGGGGGCCCCGAGAAGCAAGCAGCAGCAGCAGCAGCAGGUCCUGCUGCUGAUAACGAUUGGGACCGUGAUGCAGCAGCAGCAGCAGCAGCAGCUGCAGCAGGUGCAGCAGCAGCAGCAGCAGCAACAGCGGACACCUCGAUUCCCCAGGUCCGCCUCCUGCCCUUGGCGGAGGGUUCCUGGGAACCCGAGCAGCAGCAGCAGCAGCAGCAGCAGCAGCAGCUGCUGCUGCAGCAGCAGCAGCAGCAGGGAAGCCAGCAAAGCUCCCCCUGGCUGAAGUGGAACAGCAGCAGCUCAAUUUCACCGAUAUGGGCCGCAGUGAGCCGCUACCGGCGUUCGCUGCAGCAAUACAGGCCCUUGAGUUUGCCUUCUCUUUUGUCUCCUUGCUGCGUCCUUCCCAAGGGCACUAUAGAAGUAGCAGCAGCAGCAGCAGCAACAGCAGCAGCAGCAGCAGCAGCAGCAGCAGCAGGACAGUCCCAGGUCUCCUGGCCCCUGCUGCUGGGCCCUCGCUGGGCACGGCCCGAACCCGACCCGCAGCAGAGGGGGCCCCCAGGGGCCCCUGGGGGCCCCCCUGAGGAGGCCCCUUGGGGGGCCCCCGGGGGGCCCCCCGGGGGGCCCCCCGGGGGGGCCCCCGGGGGGGCCCCCCGAGGGUUUGAUGCAGCAGGAUAUGCGUGGGUGGAAGUUGUGAGGGUUUUUGGACUUCCGCUGCGAGGGCUUAGCAAGGGUUUGCUGCGGGGCGGGGGUUUGUCAGUGGUUGCUUUGUGGCAGGGGGAGAGCAGCAGCAGCAGCAGCAGCUCGUCGAGCAGCAGCAGCAGCAGCAAGCGGGCGCUGCAGCUGCUGCUGCAGCGCAGCAGCAGGAGAGCAGAAGCUGCAUGCAAGUGCGAAGUCCAGCCCCAAGACUUCGAGGACUUCGCGCAUGCAGUUCGCGUGGAAGAAGAGCUUUACGGCCAGGUCUACGUCAACGGCAGGAUUUUACUCCCCUGCAUUCCAGGACUAGACCCUUUUCUUUGCCUCUUCGUCUGCAUCGACGGCCAGCCCUAUGCGCAGCUGCAGCAGCCCCUCGAUUUGCUGCAGCUGCAAACUGCUGCACUUAAAGAGUCCCCAGAGGCCCCCGAAGAAGACCCUGGGCAAGAGGGGCCCCCCUGGGGGCCCCCCGGGGGCCCCCCGGGGAGCCUCCCGAGGGGCCCCCCCGGGGGCCCCCCGGGGAGCCCCCCCUUCAAGGGGCCCCUGGGGCCCCCGGGGGGCCCCCGUUCCAGGGGCCCCCUGGGGGCCCUUGGGGGCCCCCCUUCCCGGGCGAGUGAGAAGAGACACCCAUUCUUUUCGCCUGCGUACCCUGAGCCCCCUGGGGGCCCCCCCCCGAAGAAGUCGUUUAUGGAGAUUCUGGCGGAGGUGGAGGCGGAGGAGCAGGCGCGCGCCGCCGCCGCUGCCGCAGCAGCAGCAGCAGCAGCAGCAGCAGCAGCAGCAGCAGCAGAGGCGCAGCAGCGGCUCUCCCCCAGGGGCCCCGGGCCCGUCCAGCCCGAACUCUGCGUCGCCGAGGGCCCCGGGCUCACUUCGGGGGUUGCGGGGGCCCCCUGCAGAUUUACAGUGAAGCCCAAAAACAGCAAAAGAGAAACUGUUGCUGCAGCAGAAGGCACUUUGAGACUUUCUCUCCAGCCCCUGGGCUUCGUGGGGGUCAAAGUCGAGGCCGAUACUUGGGGGGGCCCCCCGGGGGGCCCCCCAGGGGGGGGCCCCCCGGGG